CUACAAGUAUAACAUUGCGGUUCUGUUUUGAUGUACUUCUACUUCUAGACUUGCACAUAAAUGCUUUGGCAUCGAAUUCUAAAGUUAGCAAACGCUUAUUCACCGGUCAUAUAUUAGCGAAAUACGUUUUGGGUAUUCCGGAUAACGCAGACUCCCUUUGAUAAUUUGCGAAAAGUGUACAGCUGAUCCAUUGCCCAGACUUUCGUGUGCUACACACAGCGGAAGAAUGGCUGCGUUACCACUGGAACCUACGGACCAUCCUUAUUAUCGAAAUACAAAAGUAACCAGUCUGUCUGUCACUGAUGUGCGGUAUCCCACGUCCUUGUUUGCUGACGGGUCCGAUGCUAUGCACACUGAUCCAGACUAUUCUUGUGCAUACGUUGUCCUGCAGACGGAUCAUCCCGACGGACACGAAGGGCAUGGAUUAACUUUUACUCUAGGCAAAGGCACUAAUGUGGUAAUCGCCGCUGUCAACGCGCUCGAACAUCUUGUGGUGGACCGGAAUGUCCAUGGGAUAUUCGCUAAUUUCGCUGCAUUUUACCGCACUAUCAGCAGUGAGAGCCAAAUCCGCUGGAUCGGGCCGGAAAAGGGCGCAUUGCAUUUGGCUACAGCGGCGGUUCUCAAUGCACUGUGGGAUUUAUGGGCUAAACUGGAAGGCAAACCGUUGUGGAAAUUAAUUGUGGAUUUGCAGCCCGAACAAAUCAUUUCAGCCAUUGACUUCCGCUACAUCCGCGACGCUCUUACUGAAAAUGAGGCGCUGACCAUUUUGAGAGAAGGGCAGACUGGGAAACAAGAUCGCGUACGAGAAAUGGAGAAAAAUGGAUAUCCGGCGUAUUCCACUAGUUGUGGAUGGCUUGGUUACGAAUCUGACUUGUUACGAAAGAAACUCCGCACAUUUAUUCGGGCCGGAUGGACACGGUUCAAAGUGAAAGUCGGUGGAUCACUAGACGAUGACAUUCGGCGACUGACAAUCGUACGCGAAGAAAUUGGCUACGAUAAGCUACUGAUGGUCGAUGCCAACCAGAAAUGGGAUGUUCCGGAAGCCAUUUCCUGGAUGCAGCAGCUGGCCCGCUUUAAACCCUUGUGGAUCGAAGAGCCAACUAGCCCGGACGACGUCCUCGGUCACGCUGCGGUUGCCAAGGCCCUGGCACCGCUGGGCAUCGGCGUGGCAACGGGGGAACAAUGUGCAAAUCGGGUCAUCUUUAAACAGCUUCUCCAAGCGAGCGCCAUUUCAUAUUGUCAAAUUGACACGUGUCGGCUGGGAAGUAUCAACGAAAUUCUGGCGGUACUGCUAAUGGCCUGCAAAUUUGGCGUUCCCGUAUGCCCACAUGCCGGUGGUGUAGGAUUGUGCGAGCUGGCCCAGCACAUGGCGUUCAUCGAUUACAUUGUCAUUUCCAAAAGUCUGGAUAAUCGUGUGCUGGAAUACGUUGAACAUCUGCAUGAGCAUUUCGCGGCCCCGGUAACCAUGAAGGAACAGAACUACGUUCCACCGACAGCACCCGGUUACCUCGUUGGGAUGCUACCGUCGUCCAUUGCGAAGUACCAGUUUCCUAACGGGCCAGUGUGGAAAGAUUUGAUGCAGCACAAAGCUAAACCAGUUUAGCUGCAUUUUACUGAAUUUCUCAAUAUCUACCGUGUGUCUACAACACUAAAUCCAUACGAGUAUCGUGGUGCAAACACGAAUUCGAAAAACAAAACUGUUAAUGGUAAA